GGAUUUUUUUAUUAUUUUUCUCUGCGUCGCCGCCUCCGCCGACAACCGCCUCCUCGCAGUACAUAAUCGCCAUCGCUUCCUCCCCCACAGGCUAAUUGCGUUGGACCACCCCCUCCCUCACUUUUGCAUCCGCCACCAAUAAACUCGCCUCUUUUGUUGUGCAUUAGGAAAGCAGCCGCCUCGUUUGCUUAUUUAUCCCGCAUACUAUUCUCCUCUGCCGCUCACGCAUCGCCAAAAACUAUCUAUUUCAUUACCAGUUCACCGCGCUGUAACUAUAACCAACCUGCUUAGUUUCUGCUGAGCCGUCAUUGGGCCCACCCACCGCCUUUCUUCAACUUCGACACCCAGAUAACAACCACCGCCAGGACAUUUCGCACAACCCAGUAGCCAUGGAUAUCUCUCCCAGACCCUCCAGAUCGUCGUCGACGUCGUCGCGCAACAAGGCAAACCUCACCCUCGACCUCUCCAACUUGCCGCCGCUCAUCCUCCCCACCCCGCCAUCCAACACAUUGCUCUUCACCAACCUCGACAACCUCGACAUCUUCCUCCCCAAGAACAUCCAGGUCAUCCGCGGCCUUAUUGAGAACACCGUCUCUGUACACUCUUUUACCCCGCUCAAGUCCUUCCGCCGCAUCAUCAUCUCCUUCUACACCGUCGAGACCGCCCAGGCCAUUCGCAAGGUCUGGGACGGCGAGGCCGUCAUGGGCGAGCGUGUCAAGGUUUACUUUGGCCAACCUACCCCGAUAAACCAGAACAAGGCCGACCACCUUGCGCUUCCCGAUGCUGGCAAGCUCUUCUUCAUCUCUCCUCCCCCUAGCCCUCCCCAUGGCUGGGAGAUGCGCUUGGAAGAUGCCCCCAACAAGCUUGUCCACGCUGAAGAUCUGGCCGAGGCUCUUGCCAAGCUCAACAGCGGCAAGCCUGAACCCGUCUUUGACGGCCCCGUCACUCCCACAUCGGCCGCUGAUGGCAACCGAAGCCGCAGUUCGACCCUCAUCUACCGCCCAGAGGACAAUGGCUGCAGCCCUGAUCUGCCUGCCGUCUUUGUCGAGGACAUGACUGACGAGCCCGAGGCCAUGAGCCCUCUCGAUGCCCGCCCUAUUAUGGCGCAUACCGCCAGACCCCCUGUUGAGCUGAUGAUGAUGGACUAAGUCUUUGUCCAUGCAUUUGAUUUUGGGGAGACAUUGUGUUUGUAAAAGAAAACAACGGCGUUUUAAAGGUAUACUUGCUUCUGGAUUUUGGAUCUGGCGUUGGAGCAUUUCAUCAUUUCAUACAUUAUAGGAUUAGAGCCACUCGUUUAGACUGCUCAUGUAUACAUACAUCAGACGGCGCCUUUGCCUCUGCAUUACUUUAUAUUGCCAUCUUCCCAUUUAAUACUUGUGAUUGCAUGUAGUUGAUUGCUAUUUAUUCCAUAAAGUUCGUAAACUGUAUCCUUUUUUUUUAAAAAAAAAAUAUUAUCUCCUUUUCAACUCUCUU